GUGUGUCUGUUUUUGUCUGUCUGUCGCCUUGUGUGUCUGUGUGUGUGUCCCUCUGUGUGCGUGUUUGUGUGUGUGUUUGUGUGUUUCUCUUUCUGUGUAUCUGUCCUUGUGUGUGUCUAUCUGUCUCUGUGUGUGUCUGUGUUUUUGUCUGUCUGUCGCUUUGUGUGUCUGUGUGUGUGUCUCUCUGUGUGCGUCUGUCUGUCUCUGGUUGUCUGCUGUCUGGGUGUGUGUCUCUCUGUGUGCGUCUGUCUGUCUCUGGUUGUCUGUGUGUGUGUGUUUGCGUCUCUGUCUGUGUGUCUGCCUGUCUCGUGUGUGUGUGUGUGUGUCUUUCCGUGGGUCUGUCUGUGUGUGUGUAUAUUCGUGUCCAGCUAUGUCAGUUCUGGUGACGACCGCAAGAGCGCCCUCACCUAA